AUGAAAGCCCUAGACUUCAUGGAAGCCGUCACGGCUCUCUGCGCUCUUUGUCUGACAUCUGCUACGCCCAUAGCCGCACAAGAACAUGCUUUUCAUCCUAGAAUCGCGGCUCCGGCUGAUGCUGCGACAAGGAUGCGUGUGCAGUUCUACUCUCCAACUGCUCGAGAUCUGCCAGACUCUGAUUGGUCAAGGUGGCCGGUAUCCGCCUGGGGCUCGACAACCAUUAAUAACAUCACAUUCGAGCUGGAGUCUAGCACUACAUUGAAGGGCGGAGAGUACAAACAACAAUACCGCCGGCCUCUUCCGUCCAUCGGCGAACGCCUUGUCAAUCAAGGCAUAACUACCGAGACUGGUAAUGGUACCAAUAGUGAGAUCACACUUACGAUUACUGGACUUCCAGCUGGUAGUCACACUUUGACUACCUGGCAUAACACCUGGGAGGGCAUCGCUAGUCCAGCCAUACUUUCCAUCACAGCAGCUGGGAAAAGUGUGGCAAGUGGAAUCAAUCAGACAUCACGGGUGGACAAUAUAUAUGAGUCUGGCAACUCUUAUAUCAAAUUCAACGUUGCAUCUUCAACAACUGCAGUAGCCAUUGUGUACACACCUAGCGGUGGAGAUGGUCGCGUCUUCCUCAACGGCAUCGAGAUCGAUGGUCCCUCACUUGUGCAGCAAAUCAGUUUCCCCAGCCCGGCGAAUAAAGACGAGUGGAACGACUUCGAAGGCACAUCUUCACUAGCUGCCUCAUGGCGUGCACCAUCUGGAGAGUUAGCCCCGUCAUACAACGUGUACGUUGGAACCAAGCCUACAAGUCUCGAAAGUGUCGCCACUGGAAUUGAUACCACAAGUACAACGCUCACUGGUCUGAACACUAUGGAUACUUUCUAUUGGCGCGUUGAUGUUGUUGCGGGCAAUUCUACAUAUAUCGGACGUGUGUACAUGUUCCGUGGUCGGCAGCUUGCGUUUCCAGGAGCCGAAGGUUGGGGACGGUUCGCACGUGGCGGACGAGGUGGACAGGUCGUCAAGGUCACGAGUUUGGCUGACAGCACAGACGAGGGUACGCUUCGUUAUGCCCUCACUGUCGCUACAGGCCCUCGUAUCGUUAUCUUUGACGUUGCCGGUGUCAUUACCACGACAUCGCGUAUGACUAUAAACAGCCAGUAUAUCACUGUCGCGGCUCAAACAGCUCCUGGAAAAGGAAUCGUUGUUCAAGGCUAUCCCGUAGGCUUGAGUGGUGGCACGGAUGUGAUCAUUCGUCAUAUGCGGGUUCGCCCAGGCAAAAUCUCAGGAGAGACUAUCGAUGGUAUGGGAAUGCAGGGAUCCAACCACUGCAUCUUCGAUCGCUGCUCCAUCAGCUGGACCAUCGACGAGUCUUUCUCGUCUCGUUCUGCCAACAACAUCACACUUCAGCGCACCAUGAUCUCAGAACCACUCAAUGACGCAGGCCACAAAAACUAUCCAGCGGGCACUCAGCACGGAUACGCCGCUAGCAUUGGUGGCAAUGUGGGAUCUUUCCAUCACAAUCUUAUCGCUCACGCGGAAGGCCGCAGUUGGUCUAUGGCAGGCGGGCUGAACGACAGUGCCUUCUUUGCCGGAAAGCUUGAUAUCCGAAACAACGUUGUUUACAACUUCGGUGACAGGACUACAGAUGGUGGUGCAAACCAGGCCAACUUCGUUAACAACUAUUACAAGCCUGGCCCCAACAGUACGCGAACUUAUGACCUCAAUGCUCAGUAUGAGGAUGCCGCCAAUGGCGUACAGCAAUACUAUUGCGCUGGAAACUCCAUGGUCGGCAAAUUCGACCAGAAUUCAACGCAAGUCGUCGACGACGGAACUGGAAAGACUUCGGACGUAGCUUGCACAGCUACUGUUACGAAUGGUGGCGUGUCAUAUCAGAAGUUCUUUAGCUCACCGUUCUUCGAGUCACACGUCGAGACCCAAUCCUCGACCGAAGCGUACAAACGCGUCGUAUCCGACACUGGCGUCCGUGCGCCUGUAAUGGAUGACCACGACAAGCGCAUUGUGAACGAGACCGUCGCUGGCACGCAGACGUACAAGGGGUCCAAAACCGGCAAAGCGGGAAUCAUCGACGACCCCGCCGAUGUGGGUGGUUUGGAGACUUUCCCCACUGUAACACGUGCUUCGUCCUGGGAUGCUGACAACGACGGUAUCGCGGACUGGUGGGAUGGCAGCACGGGUGGGGAGGGCUACACGGCUAUUGAGGGGUACGUUAAUUUCAUGGCUGAACCGCAUGCUUUCGUUAGCCCCGGCAAGAGCGUGACGAUGGAUCUUAUCGCAUUGCUGGCUGCUGGAUUCAAGAGCCCGACGUUUGCGGUUAGUGGAAGUACGAAGGGAAAGGUAGCGGUCAGUGGAGGCAGCGCGACAUAUACAGCAAGCUCCGCGGCUGGAAUUGAUUAUAUCGAUGUGGCCAUCGAGGACAGCGAGGGAAGCACUUGGACGCGAAAGGUUGGCAUUGCUAUUUUUGCAGGAGCGGAGAGCACACAGUAA